GUAGUAUGUGGGUUCCAGCAAUAAACAAGGCAAUUUGGUUCGUUAGUACAGUAAGAUGGUCCAUUCAUCAAGACUGUGAGAUGCUAGAACAUUCUUCUUUCUUAAGUAUGGAGAGUCAAGAUUGUUGAACAUCUCCUGAAAAAUGUUUGUUUCUACCUACGGCUACGGUCAAUCAAUGGCGCCGGCCGUCGACCAACCGCUGCUUCACCAGGAAGGGGCCAGAAGGUUCCGCCGCUGCAGGACGGCGCCCUCCUCCGACCCACUGUCCACGGCCAACCACACCUCCUCGCCUCCCAAGACGCUGUUCGGCGCCGGCGCCGCCGCCCGCCCCAGCUUCCGCCUCGUCGGCCUCCUCCUCGCCGCGUACCUCCUCCUCGGCUCUCUCGCCUUCUACCUCGCCAUGGACCACAUGUCCGGCACCCGCACCGCCCGCGCCCUCGACGCCCUCUACUUCUGCGUCGUCACCAUGACCACCGUCGGCUACGGCGACCUCGUCCCCGCCAGCGACGCCGCCAAGCUGCUCGCCUGCGCCUUCGCCUUCGCUGGCGUUGCCCUCGUCGGCACCUUCCUCAGCAAGGCCGCCGACUACCUCGUCGAGAAGCAGGAGGCGCUCCUCUUCCGCGCGCUGCACGCCCACCGCGGCGGCGAGGCACGGAUGCUGCGCGCCAUGGAGGCGAACAAGGUGAGGUACAAGCUGUACACCGCGGGGGUGCUGCUGGCGCUGCUGGUGGCGUCGGGGACGGCGGUGCUGUGGAAGGUGGAGGGGAUGCGCCCGGUGGACGCGCUGUACUGCGCGUGCGCGACGGUGACGACGCUGGGGUACGGCGACCGGAGCUUCUCGUCGGAGGCGGGGAGGGCGUUCGCGGUGGCGUGGAUCACGGUGAGCACGGUGGUGGUGGCGCUCUUCUUCCUGUACGCGGCGGAGGUGUACACGGAGCGGCGGCAGAGGGAGGUGGCGCGGUGGGUGGCGCGGCGGCGGACGACGAGCAUGGACCUGGAGGCGGCGGACCUGGACGGCGACCGGCGCGUGGGGGCGGCGGACUUCGUGCUGUACAAGCUGAAGGAGCUGGGGAAGAUCAGGCAGGAGGAGAUAUCGGAGUUCCUGAAGGAGUUCGACAAGCUCGACGCCGACCACUCCGGCACCCUCUCCCCCGCCGACCUCGCGCUCGCCCAGUCGCCCGACCCGGACCCGGACCCUCCCAACCCUUCUUAGACCACCAUUCUUUCUUCCUAAAAUGCUCUAUAAUAACUAGAUACUGUUCCAUAUAACUGUGAUAUAUGUUGAGAAAUAUAAGUAUUUUAUAUAUAUUAUUAGAGUCCUAUAGUAUAAGUUUAUAAGUUGUUUUUGU